AUGCCAGUGCUUGCUAUGGCAUCUGUGACUCCACCGGUUAUAUUUAAGGAGUUUUGUCCCUUAUAUUAUCUUCUCAAUGCCAUUCCUACAAAGGUCCAAAAAGGCUUUCGCUCUAUUGUGGUAUACCUCACAGCACUUGAUACCAAUGGAGACUACAUUGCUGUGGGUAGCAGCAUUGGAAUGCUUUAUCUCUACUGCAGACAUUUAAACCAGAUGAAAAAAUACAAUUUUGAGGGGAAGUGUGAAUCUAUCACUUCUGUAAAGCUGUUGAGCUGUUUCGAUGAUCUAGUUGCUGUUGGUACAGUCUCAGGUCGGGUUGCAGUUUUUCAGCUUGUGUCUUCAUUACCUGGAAGAAACAAACAGCUUCGGAGAUUUGAUGUUGCUGGUAUCCACAAAAGUAGCAUUACAGCUUUAGCUUGGAGUCCCAAUGGAAUGAAAUUAUUCUCUGGAGAUGAUAAAGGGAAGAUUGUCUACUCUGCCCUAGACCUAGACCACGGUAUUUGCAACUCCAGCCUUGUAUUGGAAGAGCCAUCUUCAAUUGUCCAGUUGGAUUACAACCAGAAAGUGCUGCUUGUAUCUACUGUACAACGGACUCUACUUUUUUACACAGAGGAGAAAUCUGUCAAGCAAGUUGGAACACAGCCCAGAAAAAACACUGGCAAAUUUGGAGCAUGUUUUAUACCUGGCCUAUGUAAACAGAGUGACCUGACACUAUUUGCUGCCAGACCUGGGCUUCGUCUCUGGAAAUCUGAUGUUCAUGGAACUGUUCAGGCCACAUUCAUAUUGAAAGACGUAUUUGCUGGAGGAAUAAAAACUUUUGAACUGUAUCCUCGUUUGGAACCACCGGACAGAGGAAGUUACAGCUCCCCAGAGAAACACCUUGGUCUUGUUUCGUGCUUCUUCCGAGAAGGAUGGGUGCUGACCUGGAAUGAAUAUAGCAUCUACUUACUGGACACUGUGAACCAGGCUCUGAUUGGUGGCUUGGAAGGGUAUGGUGAUAUCGUGUCUGUGUCCUGUACCAACAAUGAGAUUUUCCUCUUAAAGGGAGAUAGAGACAUAAUAAGAAUUUCAAGUAGACCUGAAGGACUGCCAUCAAUAGAUGUGAAUUCAAAAUUGCCGAAUCCUUUAAUAGAAACAAGUCCUAAACCGCUGACCCCAGUAUCAGUAGUUGCAUCUGCAUCAUCUAGCCCUUCAGUGGAAACAGAUAAAAAAUUGGUCACUUCCCCUUCAGUUACUGGUGAUAAAAAUGACUCUUUAGUGAAAGAUGAUCUGGAAACUCCAACACUAUUGGAGAAAAGUUUUGAUAGAGUGGGAGACUUGAACAAUGAAACAAGAAAAAGAGGCUGCUCUGUAGUAAGUGAAUCUAGAAGCAGGAGCAGUUCAGUGAAUUCUGUGGACAGUGGCUCUAGCUUUAUGAUAUGUGCAGACCAACUUGAUCAAGAACUCAUUGUAAAGCCAAUUAAAGUGAAAAAGAAAAAAAAGAAGAAACAAGAAAGUGGGACUAGGAAAAACCACAGCUCUCUGGAAGGUACACCAAUCUAUGAGCGUCAGCUUUCUGGUGAUAGUCCACAUUCAUUGAAUGCAGACUCCUUUUCCAUGACUUCCAGCCUGAUGAGUGGCAGCAUUGACCGUUUGAGUACUGGAUCUCCAGAUCAGGAAAGCAUGUUCAGUGUGGAGUCCCAUACAAUCUUGCAAGAAGAUAAUGGUUCAGAAACUUUCAGUGUCCUACAGUCUCCUGAGCCUGCAGCUGUACUGAUUAAUGAAGAAAAUGGAGAUACGGUUGAUUUACAGAAGCUUCCCAACAGUGACAGUGGCAUGGAUACUUCAGCUGUUAUAGAUACUCUGACAUCUGUCUCUCCUCUAAUCCUCACGAAAGACUUGACAAACAGUGUAGAUGGUGAAUCUAAUGGUAGUGUGGUUUCUGCAAGCAAUGAAUGCUGUACUGGAAAUCUGAGCCAAGAGGAGGAGCAGGAUUUUCCCACAUUGUGUAAAAUAGAUGAAAAUUUAGGUAAAAUGAAGCUGCAGGAUACUGAGAAAUCUUUUGAAGAGCCAGACCUUACAGACCAAAUGUUUCUGGAAUGUGAUGGCGUACUAGGCAUUCAGACAUCCCUGACACCAAAGGAAGGUGAUGAAACUGGUAGGGAAGACCAACAGCAGCUCUCUCUAAUACAUAGCGCUCUGUCAGAUCCGUCUGUGUUCCACUUUGAUGUUUCCAACGAUGUUUAUUCAGAUAACACUUCCAUUUCUGGAUGGAAUUUUGAAAGUGCAAUCAAAGCUAAACCUAGUACUAGUACUGCUGAAUGGAUAACAGACACUCACGAAAGUAAGGCGGAGAAAUCUGCCUCAAGUGAUGAAGAGGAUAUUUAUGGACAUGGAUUACCGUACUCAUCCUCGGAGACUAGCAUGCCUGAAGUUGAUGCUGGGCCUGGUUCCCAGGAUAUGGCCAAGACAAGCCUAGAUGAAAUGGUGCUGUUAAAAUCUGAUCAGUUUGCAGAGAGCUGGAUGGGGUACUCCGGCCCUGGCUGCGGCAUCCUGAGCCUGGCCAUCUCGGAGAAGCACAUCUGGUGCCUGGACUGUCGCGGUGGCCUCUUCUGCAGUGCUCUGCCUGCUGCCGCGCCGCGCUGGCAGCGGUUCGAGGACGGCGUCCAGCACGUGGCGGUUUCACCCUCAGGGGCUCUUCUCUGGAAGAUUGAACAGAAGACUAACAAAGCAUUUGCUUGCGGAAAAGUAACCAUAAAAGGAAAACGCCACUGGUAUGAGGCUUUACCCCAGGCUGUAUUUGUAGCUUUAAGUGAUGACACUGCCUGGAUUAUCAGAACAAAUGGAGAUCUGUAUCUGCAAACAGGCCUGAGUGUGGAUCGUCCUUGUGCGCGAGCAGUCAAGGUUGACUGCCCUUAUCCACUGUCGCAGGUUACAUCCAGAAAUAAUGUUGUGUGGGCACUGAGUGAGCAGCGGGCCCUGCUGUACCGGGAGGGAGUACGCAGCUUUUGUCCUGAAGGAGAACAAUGGAAGAGUGAUAUUGUCAGUGAAAUGCAAGCUUUGGAACCAGUGUGCAUAACCCUUGGAGAUCAGCAGACAUUAUGGGCUUUGGAUAUCCAUGGAAAUCUGUGGUUCAGAACUGGUAUAGUUUCAAAGAAACCACAAGGAGAUGAUAACCAUUGGUGGCAAGUAGGCAUCACUGAUUAUGUAGUGUUUGACCAGUGCAGCCUGUUCCAGACGAUAAUCCAGGCAACUCAUACAGUGGCAACAGCAGCUCAGGCGCCUGUGGAGAAGGUGGCCGAUAAACUUCGAAUGGCAUUUUGGUCACAGCAGCUUCAGUGUCAGCCCAGCCUUCUUGGAGUUAACGGCAGUGGAGUCUGGAUCUCUUCAGGCAAAAAUGAAUUCCAUGUUGCAAAGGGAAACUUAAUAGGCACUUACUGGAAUCAUAUUGUGCCUCGUGGUACUGCUUCUGCCACAAAAUGGAUUUUUGUGUUGGCUUCCACAGCUUCAUCUAAAGAAGGAAGCUUUCUGUGGCUGUGCCAGAGCAACAGGGAUCUAUUUUGUGUCAGUGAUCAGAAUCCUCAGUUUCGUCCUUCUACGGUGCAGCUGCCACCGGAGGCUGAAAUGGUGCACUACUCUGCCUGCCAGGAUGCCAUCUGGGCCUUGGAUACUCUUGGGCAGAUAUUUAUCAGAACGCUUUCAUCCAGCUGUCCAACAGGGAUGCACUGGACAAAACUGGAUCUCUCUCAACUAGGUGCUGUAAAGCUGAUCAGCUUGACCUGUGGAAAUCAGCAUGUUUGGGCCUGUGAUACCAGUGGUGGCAUUUAUUUCCGUGUAGGAACUCAACCACUUAACCCAAGUUUGAUGCUUCCUGCGUGGAUAAUGAUUGAGCCACCCAUACAGCCAGUAGGAAUCAACUUGGUCAGCAUUCAUUCAAGUCCAAACGAUCAGAUGUUGUGGGCAAUUGAUAGCAAAUGGAAUGUCCAUGUACGAGUUGGAAUUACAGAUGAAAUGCCUGUAGGCACUGACUGGGAACAUGUACCAGGUUUGCAGGCUUGUCAGCUGGCUAUAAGUACAAGAACUGUUUGGGCACGCUGUCCAAAUGGAGACGUAGCUCGUCGAUACGGCGUUACUGACAAGAAUCCAGCAGGAGACUACUGGAAGAAGAUUCCUGGAAAUGUCUCACGUUUAACAGUGACCCCUCUAGAUGAACUGUGGGCAAUCAGUACUUCAGGAUCCCUUCUCCAGCGCCUCACUAAGACCUUUAGCCAUUCCCGUAGUUUGCAGAAAAAUAAUGACACUUCUGUUCUGCUUCACCCUGAUGAUUUUGAAGAUGAAUGGGAAGUGAUAUGAAGUCUUUCAAGUUCAUGAAGCAGUGAAAAAUACAGGACAGAAUUUCUGUAAUGUAUGUACAGAAUGUUGGAUCUAAAAGCCACUCAUAUUGGACCUAUGAUAUUAGCACUUUUGUAUUGAAAAACUGACCUGUUAAAUAGCCCCCAAGCUGUGAGUUCUCAUGUUUGUUCCAUUAUCUCUUGGGCGACUCUUUAGGUGUUGCAUACUGCUAUUGUUAUACCGUACUGCCGUAGAAGCUCCUUUGGAAAUAGAACUGUUAAAUUCAUCUUACUAGCAAUGAAAGUGACUAUUUCACAACAGCAUGCGCACUAAUACAUGUGUACUUAUUUUGAGAAGGAAUUCUGUUGCAUUAAAAUAUUUCUUUACAGCAGAAACAUUAA